UUUGCAUUUUCCAUUAGGCUUGUCUUGUAUAUAAGAAUUAGAGCAAUUAUAAGAGAUCUCAUAUUAUUAUAUAAGAUGGAGACAACAUGGAAAUCUGAAGCCUUUAAAGAAGCAUACACCGUGUUUGGAUGGAUUGCAUUUGUGGUUUGGUCCAGCAGUUUCUAUCCUCAAUUAAUCUUGAACUUCUCAAGGAAAAGUGUGGUUGGUUUGAACUUCAACUAUUUGGUAUUGAACAACACCAAACACACCUUGUACCUCGUUUAUAAUGCCUCUUUGUACUUUAGCUCUACUGUUCGGUUUCAAUAUCAUCAAAAAUAUGGAUUUGAUCAGAUGAUACCUGUAGCUGCAAAUGAUGUUGCCUUUUCAAUACAUGCUGUUCUUCUGACUGUAGUGUUAUUGUUCCAAGUUGCAAUAUAUGAGCGUGGAAAUCAAUCAAUAUCAAAAAUCACAAUGGGAAUUAUCACUAUGGUGUGGAUCACUAUUGGAGUUUGUUCCUUCAUAGCAUUCCCUUCCAAAUCUUGGCUUUGGCUAAUUUCCAUCUUUAACACAAUGCAAGUAAUUCUGGCAACUAUCAAAUAUAUUCCACAGGCAGUUAUGAACUUCAUGAUCAAGAGCACAGAUGGAUUUAGCAUUGGAAAUGUGUUCCUUGAUUUUUGUGGAGGAAUGGCAAACUAUGCUCAGAUGGUUACACAAUCAAUUGAUCAAAAUUCUUGGGUGAAUUUCUCUGGGAAUAUUGGCAAAGUGUUAUUAUCCCUGGUGUGCAUGUUCUUUGAUCUUCUUUUCAUGUGUCAACAUUAUGUGUUGUAUCCUUCAAAGAAAUCAUCUUCAAUCUCUACUUCUAAACUCAAUGACAAAGUCACAGAGCCUCUCAAGGAAGUAGCAACAAAUAUGCAAUGAAGAUAACAAAUAAGUUUGGUCACGAAUUGUUCAGAAUAAUUUAAAUUUAAAUUAUGACUGAAAUAAUUUUGACUAGAUUUUAUUUAUUUUCCAAGUGAAUUUUGGAUUAUUAAAGUUCAAUUUUUCUGAGAUCGGAGAGUUAAAAAAAAAAUACAAUGAAGAUAAUGAGUUAAUUAUUGUUGUGAUUUACUUGUAUGGUUUUAGUAUGUACCGGUAAAGUUUCUUAAUUUGUAGCUACCAAAUUCACUUUUAA